AUGUCUAAGUCGGAGUGCAACGGAGGACCAUUGGGCUCUCCAGAGGCACCACCCCGAUCAGCAGCCGAGGCUUUUGUGGAAGCAUCAGGCCAGGCCAUAGCAUGGACGCUUACGAGUGGAGGUUCAGAUACUUUGGGCUCUACUGGCAGCCUUGCUCAGAAGAAGCGUCAGCAGCAGAACAAGCAUAAGACCCAGGGCUCCAAUGUGGUGCACCGUUCACCACGAGCCCUCUUCUGUCUACGUUUGAACAAUCCCAUCCGCAGAGCUGCUAUCAGCAUUGUAGAGUGGAAACCUUUUGACAUCCUCAUCCUUAUGACAAUCUUUGCUAAUUGUGUGGCCUUAGGAGUCUAUAUUCCCUUUCCAGAAGAUGAUUCCAAUGUCUCCAACCACAACUUGGAGCAAGUGGAAUAUAUUUUUCUCAUCAUCUUCACAGUGGAAACUUUCCUCAAGAUCCUUGCCUAUGGUCUGGUCAUGCAUCCUAGCGCCUAUAUUCGCAAUGGCUGGAAUCUUCUUGAUUUUGUCAUUGUUGUAGUGGGUCUCUUCAGCGUCAUUCUGGAACAAGUCUCCCACAAGCCUGGGGAGGCCCAUCACAUGAGUGGGAAGCCAGGCGGCUUUGACGUCAAAGCCCUGCGAGCUUUUCGUGUCCUGCGACCUCUGCGUCUGGUCUCUGGCGUCCCUAGUCUGCAUAUUGUCUUGAAUUCUAUCAUGAAAGCCAUGGUGCCCCUUCUGCACAUAGCACUACUUGUUCUUUUUGUCAUCAUCAUCUAUGCCAUCAUUGGCUUGGAGCUCUUCAUUGGUCGCAUGCAUAAGACCUGCUUCAUCAUUGAUUCAGAUCUGGAGGCUGAGGAAGACCCGUCACCUUGUGCUUUUUCUGGACACGGUCGGGAAUGCACAGUAAACAAUAGCGAAUGUCGUGGCAAGUGGGAUGGACCCAAUGGUGGAAUUACCAAUUUUGACAACUUCUUUUUUGCCAUGCUUACUGUCUUCCAAUGCAUUACCAUGGAAGGUUGGACUGAUGUUCUCUACUGGAUGCAAGAUGCAGUGGGUCAUGAACUGCCGUGGGUUUAUUUUGUCAGCCUUGUCAUCUUUGGCUCUUUCUUUGUGCUUAAUUUGGUUUUGGGUGUGUUAAGUGGGGAAUUCUCUAAGGAACGAGAGAAGGCAAAAGCCCGGGGAGACUUUCAAAAGCUACGAGAGAAACAACAGAUGGAAGAAGAUCUGAAGGGCUACCUGGAUUGGCUCAUGCAAGCAGAAGACAUUGAACCCGAUGAAGAAAAAGAUGAGACAAGUGAAAAGCAUACUUACAUUACUGUGGCCGACCUGAUGGAAAAGAAGAGGAAGAAGAAAUGGUUCAAGCAUAGCAGUCAUUCCUCCGACAGCCACACCAGUCUUCCUGCCAGCGAAAGUACCUCAGUCAACACGGAGAACGUUGAAGAUGAAGAGCACCUUCGGAGCCACUGCUAUGAUGUGUGUUUGUGACUUUCCAAGACCAAAUUUGGCCGCCAUGUACAGCGCAUCAACCGACUUUUUCGGAAGAAAUGUCGUUUGGCUGUCAAAUCUGUCUCUUUCUACUGGAUGGUUCUACUCCUUGUGUUUCUGAAUACCCUCACCAUUGCUUCUGAACAUUACAGGCAGCCUUACUGGCUCACCCAAAUCCAAGCUUAUGCUAAUAAAGUAUUGUUGUCACUGUUCACCCUGGAGAUGCUGCUGAAGAUGUACAGCCUAGGCCUUCAAGCCUAUUUUGUCAGCUUCUUCAAUCGUUUUGACUGUUUUGUGGUAUGUGGUGGGAUUUUGGAGACUGUCCUGGUAGAAUUCGAGAUCAUGCAAGCCCUUGGAAUCUCCGUGCUCCGUUGUGUCCGCCUCCUGCGAAUCUUCAAAGUAACCAGGCAUUGGGCCUCCCUGAGCAACCUUGUGGCUUCUUUGCUGAAUUCCAUGAAGUCCAUUGCCUCCUUACUUCUACUGCUGUUCCUCUUCAUUAUCAUCUUCUCCUUGCUAGGCAUGCAACUCUUUGGUGGCAAAUUUAACUUUGAUGAGACUCAGACCAAACGCAGCACCUUUGACACUUUCCCCCAAGCCUUGCUCACUGUCUUCCAGAUACUGACAGGGGAAGAUUGGAACGCAGUGAUGUAUGAUGGGAUCAUGGCCUACGGUGGCCCCUAUUUUCCCGGCAUGCUGGUCUGCAUCUAUUUCAUCAUUCUCUUUAUUUGCGGCAACUAUAUCUUACUCAAUGUCUUCUUGGCUAUUGCAGUGGACAAUCUUGCUGAUGGAGACGAUAUUAAUUCCUCCAAAGAAGAGAAAGGAAGAGAAGAAAACACUGAAGAUAGAGUAGAAGGUGGUGAGGAAGAGGGGGAAGAGGAGGAGGCUGUAGGAGAAAGUAAUGAAGGAGCAGGAGAGGAAGAGGUGGCAGAUCAGCAGAGUUUGGGAGAGUCCCACCUAGACAAACUGGAAGACACUUCUAAGGAGAAAGUUGUACCAAUUCCUGAGGGAAGCGCCUUUUUUUGCCUUAGUCAAACAAACCCCCUUCGUGUUGGGUGCCACAAGCUGAUCCACCAUCACAUCUUCACCAAUCUCAUCCUUGUCUUCAUCAUUCUUAGCAGCAUCUCUUUGGCAGCUGAAGAUCCCAUCCGAGCACACUCCUUCCGCAACAAUAUUUUGGGCUACUUUGACUAUGCCUUCACAUCUAUCUUCACUGUUGAGAUCUUGCUCAAGAUGACUUCAUAUGGUGCCUUCCUGCACAAGGGCUCAUUCUGCCGGAACUGGUUUAAUCUCCUGGAUCUGCUUGUUGUCAGUGUCUCACUCAUCUCUUUUGGCAUCCACUCCAGUGCCAUAUCUGUGGUGAAAAUCUUGCGGGUACUGAGGGUACUCCGUCCUCUCCGAGCCAUCAACCGAGCCAAAGGGCUGAAGCACGUGGUACAAUGUGUGUUCGUAGCAAUCCGCACCAUUGGAAAUAUCAUGAUUGUCACCACCUUGCUGCAGUUCAUGUUUGCUUGCAUUGGUGUUCAAUUAUUCAAGGGCAAAUUCUAUAGCUGCACAGAUGAGGCCAAGCAUACCCCAAUUGAGUGCAAAGGCACAUUCAUUGUGUACAAGGAUGGAGAUGUGGCUCACCCAAUGGUGCGUGAGCGCUUGUGGCUCAACAGUGAGUUCAACUUUGACAAUGUGCUGUCAGGCAUGAUGGCUCUCUUCACUGUCUCCACUUUUGAAGGAUGGCCAGCGCUCUUGUACAAAGCUAUUGAUGCCUAUGCAGAAAACCAAGGACCAAUAUACAAUUACCGGGUGGAGAUCUCCAUCUUCUUCAUUGUCUACAUCAUCAUUAUUGCCUUCUUCAUGAUGAAUAUUUUUGUGGGCUUUGUCAUCAUCACUUUCCGGGCCCAAGGAGAGCAGGAAUACAAAAACUGUGAGCUGGACAAGAACCAGCGGCAAUGUGUGGAAUAUGCCUUGAAGGCUCAACCCUUACAACGCUAUAUUCCAAAGAACAAAUAUCAGUACAAAUUCUGGUAUAUGGUCAAUUCCACCUGUUUUGAAUACAUCAUGUUUGUGCUGAUCUUGCUGAACACUAUUGCUUUGGCUGUACAGCACUAUGAACAAUCAGAGCCUUUUAAUAACGUGAUGGAUCUGCUCAAUAUGGUGUUCACAGGCCUCUUCACUGUUGAAAUGUUUCUGAAGAUUAUUGCCUUCAAGCCCAAGCACUACUUUGUUGACGCAUGGAAUACCUUUGAUGCUUUGAUCGUGGUUGGGAGUAUAGUAGACAUUGCUGUUACUGAAAUCAACAGUGCGGGCUUGCAGGAGAGCUCAGAGGACAGUUCCCGUAUCUCUAUCACCUUCUUCCGCCUCUUCCGUGUCAUGCGCCUGGUCAAGCUCCUCAGCAAAGGUGAGGGUAUCCGUACCCUCCUCUGGACUUUCAUCAAAUCUUUCCAGGCUUUGCCAUAUGUGGCCCUCCUUAUUGCCAUGAUUUUCUUUAUCUACGCUGUCAUUGGCAUGCAGACCUUUGGCAAAAUAGCUAUGCAAGAUAGUACAGCCAUCAAUCGCAACAAUAAUUUCCAGACCUUUCCACAAGCUGUGUUGCUGCUUUUCAGGUGUGCCACAGGGGAAGCCUGGCAGGAGAUCAUGCUAGCCAGCUUGCCUGGCAAGCGCUGUGACCCUGAGUCUGAUUUUGAACCUGGGGAGGAAUUCACUUGUGGUAGCAACUUUGCUAUUGUCUAUUUCAUCAGCUUCUUCAUGCUGUGUGCCUUCCUGAUCAUUAACCUCUUUGUUGCUGUCAUCAUGGACAAUUUUGACUAUCUCACUCGGGACUGGUCCAUUCUGGGUCCCCACCACCUGGAUGAGUUCAAGAGGAUCUGGUCGGAAUACGAUCCAGCUGCCAAAGGUUACAUCAAGCAUCUGGAUGUGGUGACUCUAUUGCGCCGGAUACAGCCACCUCUGGGUUUUGGGAAGCUCUGUCCCCACCGAGUGGCCUGCAAAAGGCUGGUGGCCAUGAACAUGCCAUUGAACUCAGAUGGAACUGUCACUUUCAAUGCCACCCUUUUUGCUCUGGUGCGUACGUCACUAAAGAUCAAGACAGAAGGAGACCUGGAUAUGGCCAAUAGGGAACUCCGUUCUGUCAUCAAAAAGAUCUGGAAACGGACCAAGCCCAAAUUACUGGAUGAGGUGUUACCUGUUGCAGAAGGGGAAGAGAUAACUGUAGGAAAAUUCUAUGCCACAUUCCUGAUCCAAGAUUAUUUCCGUAAAUUCCGUAAGCGGAAAGAAAAGGGACUGCUUGGACCAGAUGGGUCCCCAAGCAACUCCUCCGCCUUGCAGGCUGGACUGAGCUGCUUACAAGUUCUAGGGCCUGAGAUCCGCAGAGCAAUGUCCUGUGACCUGGAAGGAAAAGAGGAAGAGGAGGAGGAGGAGGAAGAAGCAGAAGAAGUUGAGGAGAAAAUCAUUGAGGAAGAGACAGCCAUUUACAAGAGUUCUGAGUUGUAUAGUGAAGCCCCUGACCACCGUACCUCAGUUGCUGAGACUCCAACAGAACAAGAAGUCAAGACUAUGGCCUCUCAGCACCUCUCUAAGACCAGCUCCUCCCAUGCAUUAAAUGGGCUGAAGCCCUAUGAAGAGAACCUUAGUGGCAGCGAUGAGCCUGCUGACUUGCCUGUUGUUUCCAUUCAACGCAGGAUAAACAGGCAACGCUCCAGUUUCCCACCAACAGUAGAAGAAGUAGUUAACCAAACUGAACUUUGUAUAGAGGACACCUCAGCUGAGCAGGGAAGCAAUAGCCGGGAGGAAGACUCUGAAAACCUGCCCCCCCAUGACAAGCAGUCUCAGCGGCACAACCCUCAGUCCCACCAGCAUCACUGGCAGAGUGGCUACGGGGGCUCUGUGCCUCUGCUCUCCCAUCGGGUCAACAGCAGACUCAUCAAAGGAGUACUGGAUGGCAGGCAAACCAAGCGCCGGCGCCUCUUGCCAGCCACUCCCGCAGACCGCAAACCAGCCUUUAGCAUCCAGUGCCUGCAGCGUCAAGACAGCUGCGAUGACAUCCCCAUCCCAGGCACCUACCACCAAAAGGCACCACUGGGCCCAACAUCUUCCUCGCAAUCAUGGGCCACACCUCCAAAACGGGGCCGGCUGCUCUAUGCUCCGCUCAUCCUAGUGGAGGAGGAGAGGGUGCCAGGAUACAGCUGGGAAAAAAAUAGCAGCAGCCUUCCACCCAUGUCGCAGGCUCACUGCCUCAAGGUUCCAAGCCCACUCCGGCACAGCUCCGGUGGCAGAUCUGGCAGCGCAGACAGUCUGGUGGAGGCGGUGCUCAUCUCCGAAGGCCUAGGCGAGUACGCGCAGGACCCAAAUUUUGUGGCCUUUACCAAGCGGGAGAUUGCUGAUGCAUGCCACAUGACUCUGGAUGAAAUGGAAAGUGCUGCCACGGACUUGUUGAGUCGCAAGUCUGCUGGCCUUGUUUAUAGUGAUGAAGAAAGCUUCCGUUCCCAUGAGGAAGAGGACUUGGCUGAUGAGAUGAUCUGCAUCACCACUUAUUGACCAAGAAAUGCCCUCCCAGCAGGGCACAAAGAGUCAGUGGCUGCAGAACUGU